GCGCUGUGCGUGCUUGACGUACCGCUGGCGCUGAUGGCGGCGGGGCUGGCGGAGGGUCGCACUGAGGAGGGAGCGCGAGGAGGCGGGGGACCGGAGAGACUGAGAGAGGAGGCCCCGGCGGUACCCAGCACCGACACCGCGGCAGACAAACAGGAAUCACACCGACUGCAGAAGCAGCCAGUCCCGUAGACUGACCCAGUGGAGGACGGGCGGACGGACUGAGCGUUCAGGGCCUCCUAUUGGCUGUCAUCCCGUCUCCCCGCCAGCGCUCUCCUGCAGCUGCAGUACUAACAGGAUUUAGUAGCUGUCACACGAGGGUGGUGUAGGUGCUGCUGUUCUGUUGCCUUUAAAUUGUGCAUGAGUGGUGCUAACGGAUGUGGAAGCCCCUCCCUGCCCCGUCUGUCUCUCUUUGGAUGCAGAAGUUCCCGCCUGGUUUCUGGUCCUUCUCGGUGAUGAGCUCAGUAGUUUGCUGUCAGAGAGUCGUCGCUGAAACUGCCUGAAUCUAUUAUUUCACCUGUGCUGAAAAUGUAGAUUAGCUUAAUUUUGAAGCUGUUUGGACUUACUGACUGACCAGAAUUUAAGAAUAACAGGCUAUCUGCUCUUGAAGUAAAGUUUGGCUACAAAACAGAUUGCAUGAAAAAAUGUAGCUGGAUUUGCAACCAGGAUCACGCGUUUUAGCAGCUAACGCCUAGUUAGCGGCUUGCGGCGAGCAGGCAGCGGUGGCUCGGGGCUAAGUGUGCGUGAAGCAGGGGUGCUAUGGAGUACCACUCCGGUGGCAGCCAGCCCCUGCUGGGCAGACCGCGGUACUGCCCGGGUGCCAGCGUUAACGGAGGAUACCUGUGCGAGACAGGACACUGCUGCGGAGAGACCGGCUGCUGCACCUACUACUACGAACUCUGGUGGUUCUGGCUGCUGUGGACCGUCCUCAUCCUGUUCAGCUGCUGCUGUGCAUACCGACACCGUCGAGCCAAACUCAGAGUGCAGCAGCAGCAGAGACAGAGAGAGAUCAGCCUGCUGGCCUACCAUGGAGCCAACUCCUACCCCUCCUCUAUGCUGGACCUCAGUUUCUUGGCAUCCCUGAAGUUGCCUUCCUAUGAGGAGGUGGCAGCUCAGCCCUCGACUCCUCCUCCUCCUUAUAGCUCCGUCUUCACCACCCCUCGAUACCCGCAACCUCCACGCACCGCCGACCCUCAUCUGCUCUCACAGCACGGUCCCUUGCUGCACCGGCCGCACAGCGAUGGGCCGUCCUCCCUCAGCUCAGACAACAGCUCCAGUUGUUCCUGUGAUUCCUGCUGCCCCUCCUCUCCGUGUAGCUCCUCCCUGUCGGCACCCAUUACAUAUGAGACUGACACUAGCCAUGCCUCCACACCCAGCGAAGCCACGCCUCUCACCCUUGAUGUCACCAUGGAGACCAUCUCUGCUGCUGCAACCUGCUUGAAUUCAAACGAGGUGCGGGUUGCUUCUGAGAGGAUGGUCCUUGACGUCGCUGACGUAAGCGGCGCUGGAGCUCAUACAGCAGUUGCCACAAACUCAUCGGUUCCCAACCAGACUGUUACUGUGGCGGUUGUUACCAGGGCAGCCUCCCCUCAGCCUCCACCCUCACCUGGUUUUCAGCUCACCCUUCCAGUCGGGACUACAUCUCCCAUAAAGCAGCAGCUUGACAUAGCACCAUCUACCCCAAUAGUCAGCACCUGUAGCUCAAGCACACUCCCUAGUCCAAAUGUUGUUGACAUAGCACUUCCCUCCAUCCAAAUAAUACAUAGCCCAGCAAUGGACACCAAUACUGUCCCAAACGAUACCCCAAAGAUUCCCUUAAUGUCAGGGCCUCCUAGCCCAACUGCUUCUGACUCUUCUAUAACCAUAAAAUCACUGGAAACACUGAAUUUAACAAGGACUUUUGAUACAGUCAGUUCUCCCAAUAGCCCAGCCUCAGUUCCAUCCCCAGAUGCUGGAAGAACUUUGUCUCCAAUAGCAGGCUCUGUUACUGGUUGCCUAACUCCUGACCCAAAUCUUGUCCCAAUUCCAUCACCUACAAAGCUUACCCAGUCUCCAGGCCAAGAACCUACAAAGUUUACACAAGGUCAGGAACCACAAUCACUAUUUCUAAAGCUUACACAACCUCCAGAUUUGGUAACUUCAGAUCAUAUCCUGCUUCCAAAUUCACAGCCUAAAGCUGGGGUAGUUGCAGAUUCACCAGUUAAUAGCCUUCUGUCUCCAAGGCGUGCAAAUCUUGCCCUAGUCACAGAUACAGCACCAACUUUACCCAUCCUAACUCAGUGCCAGAACCUAGAACUAUCACCUGGAUCAGGUUUAGUCGAGGGUCAUCCCAGCCCUGGGUCACACCUAUCCCAGCAUUUAGGGUCUAUUGCUGUUUCAACAUCUUGUCUGGAUUCAACUGCAGAAACAGAUCAUUCAGGUCAUUCUCUGGUCCCGCCUCAGUUGUCAGAGUUUGACCAUAUUCCUCCAUUGCCUUCAAAUGCCCAGGCAUGUUUUAGUUCUGGUUCUUGUUCUGGAUCUGAAUUGCGCCCUGGUGCUAGUUCUGGGUCUGAGCCUCUGUCCACCCCUACACCACUUCUCAAUUUGUCAGAGCAAGUGUCCACUACGUCCUCCUGCCCAGCCAUAACCAUAGAGUCUGAAUCUUCUUAUGCUACUUGUCAGUCACCCCUUGCGACUCUCUCCCCAUCCUCACCCCCAUCCCUUUCUACUUCUCCUCCUCCUCCCCUAACUCUUCAAGCCCUUUCUUCCACCUCCCUUCCUGCUCCAGCCUUACUUCUGGACCCCCUUACUGCUUUGCACCAGUCUGACAAAGGUGGAUCUUCCUUUGGCCAUGCAUCCUCCCUCUCACCAUCACCUCGUGCUACUCAGUCUCCACCAAAACAGACUCUGUUUUCCCCCUGCGUGGAUGUCUUUGAGCCAGGACCACCCAGUUGGGAGAAUGAGGACGAGGAACAGGAGGAGAAGGACAAUGACGAAGACGAAGAUGAGGACAUGGGAGCUGAUGAGAGCCAGUAUAGACACCGGCGGCUCACGGGUGACUCUGGGAUCGAGGUGUGCAGGUGUCGUGUAGAGGAGGAGGAGGAGGAUGAUGAAGAGGAGGAGGAAGAGGAGGAGGAAGGUGGCAGGAGAGGAAAUGGAGGGGAGAGAGAUAAAAGAAGUAGUGACUCUGAUCUCCAUGACAGUGUGGACUGCCCUGCAAGGGGUCAGGUGACCACAGAGGAAGGACUUACACUGUGUACUCCGACUGCCACCACAACACCAACAUCUGAGGACAGUGGCGAAGUCGUCAUUGUCAUGGAGACAGUGUGACUGACAUAAGUAGGGUCAUUCGCCAUCCAGACAGGGGUUCCAGACAGCAAGAACUGAUCAAUAGUGUUUACCCUUAAAUCUUUCUGUAACUGGAGAGGCUUUAGUUAAAUGUGAUUUUGACUGAGGGUAAAGUAGGUCCCAUUAAUAGGCAUGCACCAUUUUUAGAUGGCUGACUUGAGAGUUUCUUAAAAUGAGUUGGAAUCAUAAAGAGUCCUUGUGCCAAGUUUUGACAUAUCCAGGUACAAGAGCAGUUUUCACUCAGAUACCAUGCAAUGUUGGAAAAGUUUUAGAACUACCACACUGCAGAGCUGUUGUCAACUAGGUGGAAAUGUCACAAAAAUCUGAGCCCCAUCUCCCUAAUUUUAUCUCAUUUAGAUGGUGCUGCAAAAACGGCCUCUAAAAUAUCUACCCAUCCAUUAUUACUUCAUGUUGGAGAGUUGCCUAUUUAUGAAGAAAAUCUAAAUCUCUAACAAAGAUUAUGGAGCAUUAUCUGAAGCACCCAAUCGUAAAGGGUCUGCACAUCCAUUAAAUGGCAUUCACAGUUACAGGAAAGUCUUUGUAAAGUGGGAACUAAACCCUAAAAUCAAAUCUGAGCAUUGGCAUCAAGGGCAAAAAAAACUGACAUAAAACUUGAAACUAACAAAAAUAUAGUUUUCUUUAUUCAAAACAUUAGGGUUACAGUUAGAUUUAACCUUAACUCUGACUGUAGGAUCAUCUUGAGGUUGACGUUUUCAGUUCCAACGUGAUUUUAACUCAUGUACAUUAGAGGCUUUCACAACAGAUGGAGUAAUUUGUUAGCCAGCAACCACAAUUGUAAACACAAAGUCAUUGACGACAUUAUUAGUUUCCAUUAAACAAAUAACCAUCUCAGUCAUGCAGUGUUUGGUUGUGACAGCAGAUGGAAAUGCCAUUAAAUAUCUACAAAACAUGUGCUGCAUGCAGUCAUCAUACACUUGAUGAUAAUUGCUAAUGAUUUUGGUUUCCACUUCAAGUUCAGUUUCUUUUACUAACCAUGUUUGCACAGUCAGUUGCAUGAAGGCAAACAGUCAGGGAUUGGAUUUGGGUAAUUUUACUUGCAAAACCACAAAAUCAUUAGCUUUUAGGCUAAUUUUUUUUUGUCAGCCUAAGUUUUGGUGCAUUUGUAGACCAAUGACUCGUGGGCAGAAGAAGUCUUGAUACAGACUUCUGUUGGCUACACCAGAAACCUUAAAAAGUGGUUGUUUCCCCCAAAUUCAGCAGACUAGCAGAUUGAUGCUGUUUUAGUGAUGCAGAGGAUUUGAAUGCUCAGAGAGAAACUCAGCCGAUCCGAUGACUGUCACAAUUUGUCAUUAAUACUGAAUUAAGACUGCACAGAUUGUCGCUGUAGAUUGCAUCACACCCCUCGCAGAAAUGAUGUUAUCCACGGUUAAUUAAAAAAAUACGGAACUUUAAAUAGUUGGACAUGUAGCCAGAGAUGCCUCGCUCGUCUUGGGUGAUGACGUAGGUUUGGCAAUGUGCUGGGGACAAAUUGGCUGCUUUGGAAUUGAAGAGAGGCUGAUGUAGGCGGAUGAUUCACGCUGACUGACAGCGGGAAGGCUGAUUCAUUCAUUAAGGGGACGAUUUUGAUGAAGAAGUCUGUCAGAAGGGUAGAAUUAGGUGGGUCGCUUUUUUUAUUUUUCAUUUACUUUUUUCUGUUGAUGUUUUGUUUUCUCUUGCGAUCCUGAUUGUGUGUAGAAGAUUUUCAGGGUGGACAGGAUCGGCAGGCUUCCUGUGCGUCGGCCAUUCAGCAGAGAAAAGCUCUUACAUAAAUAAACGCAAACAAUGGGUACUUUUAGAGAGAAACAAAGCGCCAAACAGAGCAGAGACGAAACACGUCAUGGUUCCCUGCUUGCCUUCUUUGCGUCUUUCACUGAGUUUGAGGUCAGAUGAAACAAUACAUGUAAACAGUAGCAUCUUGCUUUAUGCUUCAUGCACCUCUUGUUCAUAGACAACUCUCCUUUGUCCUGAUAAAAUGGGAUCAAGUAAAUGUAUUCCAAUCAAAGUUUUGCCAGUAAGUCAAGAUAUUUUAAGGCCUUAGAAAUGAUGCCCCACAAUCUGGCUAGAACUGUGAUUUAUUUUUUUGGCAGCGGUUGGUACCGAUUAACGUUUCGUACACUCUUCAACGUGUCAAUAUUGAUAUUUUGUGACAAAAAGACUUGAAGGUAGAGUAUAUUUUGGCAGUGACACAGAAUAAUGUUUGUAUAGUAACAGCUAAUGUGUUUAAAGUCACCUUAGAGUGUGAAAUUAGUGAAAAGCAAUAUUUUUCAGCAAGAGUCUGUGUGUAAAUAGCCAGAGAGAGACCUGCAGAAUAACCAUCUCUGAAAGGCUUCAUAGUAAGAAUGCAUCAUCAUUGAUUGUAAAAUCCGUAAGGCUUGGAUUUCUACUGUGGUUCAAGCAAAUUCUGCCUACCUUUGUCUGUGUUUUCUUUUCUUUUUAAAAGUGUGGAGGAUUUUCACCUGACAGCAGUAGAAUAAUUGUGCAGUUUUAAGGACACAAGUAAUUUCCAACGCGCUUGAUGGAAGUGCGCCAUCACACAUUUGUGAGACUCUGUGUGUCGGUGUAUAACAUCAAGUCGAAUGCAUACAAUUCAAAAAUGUAUACUGUCACUUUGUUAUCUUGUGUUGUAGCAUUGUAGCGCAUGGAUUCUUACAACUGAACUGGUUGGAGCACAAAGGGUGAGAUGCCUUCAUAUCUGCUCCCACAAAGUGCACUUGUUUUUGCAGCCUGUUAAUGUAAGCUGCGUUUGAAAGUUUUCACAGAUGUGCGUUAAAUUUGCAGUGUGUUGGAAAGUGUGUUGACUCCAAUAAGAGAAAUAGUGCACAGUGGUGUUAUCGGAUCAUACUGGCAGGUGAAUGCUUAAACCAGAACUCUUAAAGGUUGGAAAGUUUAACUGUUGCCUAAAAAAGCAAAGACAUGGGAACGAUCAGGUCCCCAUGGUGCAGGGUUCACCUGGUGAUAUGUUAACUCAACCUUAUCAAAUGGACAGACACUGAGUCUCCUGGACUGAUCCUUAAAUCCUGUGUCCAUGCUGCAUUACAACAUGUAUUUCACGUACUUCAUGUACAACUUUCUUGACAGAGGUGUCCAUACGGAUACCUCUCAGAAUAGACAACGCUGUCAUGGACAGAAGCCGUGUCCCACCAUACAAAGGACAUGACAAAGCAGACUGUUUUGGUAGCCAACGUACAAAAGACUGGAUUAAUACUUGGAUCAGUGUGCAUAUAUCUGGUUUUGAACCUGGACUUAUGUGAGUCUGAACGGAUUCAUCUUAUGGAUUGAGAUCAAAGAGUUUGCCAUGGCUGACGGACCUCCAUAAAGUUCAAGGAUGACAACAAGCCGUUGAUGUUGUGGUAAAUGUUGUUACUGGUGGUGUUUGUUUUUUUUGUUUUGUUUAAUAAUUUUGUUUUGUUUUGAGGUUUUUUGUAUACCUGAACUAAUAAGGUUAUAUAUCUCCAUGGUUACUGAGUGCUAUUUCUACUUGACAACUGUUACUACUUAGCAUUAGCUAGAGCUGUUCCUGCUCUGUGUGUGUGUGUGUGUGUGUGUGUGUGUGUGUGUGUGUGUGUGUGUGUGUGUGUGUGUGUGUGUGUGUGUGUGUUUGACUGGAAUGACUGGAGAAAUGUUGUCUGAAAUCUGUCUGCAAGACCGGGUUCCCAAAGCUGUGGAGCUCUUUGAUCUGCCUUACAAUUCCGUCAGUCUUAGUCACACAGGCCAAGAGACCACUUUGCGAACCUUGGUAGGGUCCAGUCAGUAUGUAAAAAUAUGUAUUCCCAACCAGAUGUCGAAUAUUUGCUGGAGGUAACUCAUUGAAAUUGAUUGCAAACAGAGUGCUGCAACAGAAAUCUCCUUGUGAUGUCUUUGAUUGUUAGCAGAUUGCAGCAGUUUCAUGUAGUUUAUACUGAAGAUGCAGACUUGUUUGCAAACAGUUGCAAACUACUCACUGAAUGGUUCUGAAGGUCUGAAGAGUGCAACACAGGGAAACACAGGGCUGAAAUAGAAACCAUUGAAACCAUCAUGUUUGAAAAGGCGUAACUUUUACUUUGGAGGGAAACAAUCUUAUUCUACUUUAUGUUGCACUACUCAGUGAUAAGUCUUUGCAGAUAAUUCUGCAUCUUACAUGUAGACUACAGGCAACCACUGCAAUCUCCUAGCAAACAAAGCAAAGGCAAGAAGGUUUUAGACUGAACAUCAUCUCCAUCUUGUGACUUAUUUUACCAAGCAACAUCAAGCAACCACCUGGCAACCGUUCGGGGAAUGCACAUUUUUCCCUGGUAAUUAGUGGUUACCAGAAGUCACUUGCCGUUGUUAAGCCACUUGCAACCAGUUGGGGAAUGCUAAAUAUUUCCUUGCAACCUGGAGUUGCCAGUCAGUGUCAACGAGUCUCUAGAGCUGUGUGAUUGUGACUACAGAGCUGUGACAUGUUGACCAUCACGAGUUUUUACUGAAGCGCUUGGAAGCCAACAUGGUAACUGUCCCCUUUGGCGUUUUGGGGAUAAAAUCUUCGACCAUUGUACCCAGUCUCCCUGAACAUGAGGCUAAUUUUAGAGCUGAAUAACUUUUGGAAACCCCAGUCUCUGUCUUUUUGUUAGAGUUAAACCAGGACAUAUAAUUUUGAUCAGAUGUUAACAAGUGUUCUCUUGCACUGAAAAGUUUUACAUUCACUAGCACAUUGACAGGUUUUGCAUCGACAGGUCACAUAUUUGUAGUGUCACAAUAUGUUAUUUCAAAGUUUUAGCUCAAACACAGUCAAAAAGUAUCCAUGUAAAAGCAUUUAUGUUCCUGUUUUUCUCUUGACUCCACACAUUUGAAGUAGUGUAACCAUUAAAGGGAACUGAUCACCUACCCAGCCCAUUGGCUAACCACUGAAAUGGUUUUCUUCUUAGACCAUUUUAUAAAAGACUACCAUAGUUGUUGUAACAUUACUCUGUGGUUCCUUAUCUUAAAGGCCAUGCCAUCUUGUUAUUUUAGCUCAUCUGGCCAAAGGAUCGUUGAACUUAUACCAUGUUGAGGCAUCUGCCAUCUAUUAAUAGUUCACAAGAAUCUCUGCUCUUCCUGAAGUAUUUGUGAAGUUUUAGUGGAACUUGCACAAAAUGAUCAACUAAUGUGUCUCCACCUAAACUGUACUUAAGGUCAAGGUCAAUUUGUUAUUUUAAAGGUAAUAAGCAGUGAAUUGUGAUGGACUGUAAGCCAGAUGAGCUGUUGCGUCAUUGACAUUCUGGCUGAAGUCAGAAGAUACCAGGUUUAUUUAACUUCUGGAGAAAGACGCAUGCUUUUUGGAUGAUUAAGUGAAGGUUGUGGGCGAAUGUUGCAAGUUAAACUCUGUAUUCUCAUCAUAACUUCUCAUCAGAGUUGCUAAUGGGUGGGGGCUAUAAAUGGAAGUCCAUCCUGAGAUGCAUGAGCAGGAGCUAUUUGGAGGCAAUGAAUCAUGUUUUAAUUUUUGGGGUGACCUGUUCUCUUUAUGUAAAACUGCCUACUUUGAUUCCUAACAAAAGACUAAAUUCUGAACUAAAGUCUGAUGACCAAAUAUUUGGUCAUGGUCAUGGUACAGUCAGUAUCAGAGUCUGUACCAUGUUAUUAUUAUCUUACCCUGUGAAACAAACACUGAUUUAACAUGACUAGAGUCAGUUUAGAUUUGGAAUGACCAAAUUUCUCUAUUUUUGGCUCUUUGAUCAAUUUUCACUUUUUAGACGACACGACUGUAAGCAGCUUCACCUGUGGUGUAUGACAAAAAUAUUUAAUUUUCUGAAAAUGUUGUUGUUCCUUCUAUCGUAGGGAUCCAUCCCUCUGUCUAAAGGAUGCUAUGCUCUUCUCGUAAUCUCUUCUGUCCUUCCUGUAUGCAUGAGGUUUGUCGGCGAUGUCGAAAGAAGCACUGAAGAGAUUAGUUGUUAAAACCCAUUAAUAUUACAAUGACAACGGAGCUAAUUAGUAGUAAUACUAAAUUAAUAGCUAGUGUGUAUGUAUGAGUGUAUGUGUGUGAUCCAACUAAACCAGCCUGUUCUAAAAGUGUGUGAAAAUAUACUGAAUAAACUGUCAAAUCUAAAAAAAAA